UCCUUUAUUAGAAAAACUACGCUUUCCGGAGCGCGAAAAAGCCAAAAAAGGAGAACAUAAUAUCUUUGGACAUGAUCAUUUAGUCAUAAACAUCAUCAUGGCAGACAAUUUGCGAUUUUCAAAGCUUUAUCCUCUUCUGCUGCUAUUUUGUUAUUGUUUUGUUUGUGCGAUGACAAGUAAAAUACAAAGGAGGACGCCGACAGAUGAAGACAAGAACGUUAUAGUUAAAAAGAUGAUAUCCCCAGGCUAUUACUCUCAAGAAUGUAAUGCUCACAAGCAAUGCAAAGAUCCAGUCAAAUAUUGUCACAUGUUUCUGUGCGUUGAUUGUUUGAAAGAAAAUGUAGCCUGCACACAAAAUGGUCAGUGUUGUCCUUCAUCGGAGUGCAUUUACGGUCGCUGUAAGGCUGGGUCUACCGCAGGACAAGCAGGAUCCUUCUGCGAUAGACAAAGUGAUUGUAAGGACCAGGAUCUCUGCUGUGUCCGUGAACCUGCCAUCAAUCCUGCUAUCUCAAUUUGUAAGCCCGCCCUCGAUGAACAUCAAACGUGUGGACCGUACAAUCAGUACAGGACAAUGUACAUUGGUGGUACUGUGCAACCGGCCUGUGGCCCGUGUAAACAGGGCUUGACUUGCAAACAAGUAGGCAUAUUCGGUGUUCAUCAAGUUUGCCUGCCUGAAGCAAGUCCCCCAGGAAAGAAGUAGGAUUCUGUGCUGACAAGUGGAAAGUUCUCCUGAUACAAUGUUGAGCCAAGACUAACACUUUACAAAUAAAACACUAUCAUUAAAUCUA